AUGAGGACAGCAGGCGUGUUGCUGCUGUUUGCUCUUGCUCUUUGCUGCAUCCCAGAUACUGAUGCACAGCAGCCAGCAGAUUACUGCAGUGACUACGUGGUACCCAGAGAUGUCUGUACUUUGGAGUACGUACCACACUGCGGGACCGACGGCAUAACAUACGCCAACAAAUGCUUAUUCUGCAAUGCAUUCCUGAGAAGCCAUGGGACUCUUGGCUUGAGGUACCUUCGGGAAUGCUAA